AUUAUCUGUUGUUGCUUCAGGACAUUCAGUGGAUGAGCUGAAGGAUUUGCAGGGAGAGAAGAGGGCAGACAUGCGGGUUCCAGGCUGUAAAACUCAGGUCUACUGUGUUAGUCUGGAACUCAGGCACAGACAGGCAGCUCUAGCCAAGUUUACCUGUGAGUGUUUACUGCAGUUUUCCAGCCCACAGCAAGUCUGGGAGGUGGUGGCAGCAGUGUUAGAGAGAUACCUGGGAAUGUUCCACACUCUACCAUUGGACACCGUGUAUGCAGUGCUGGUUGCCAUGGUAACACUAAUGCCCCCUGGGACAGAGAUUAGUGGGGAGCUGCUCACUCCCAUCAUGCACUGCUGCUGGGCUGCCCUGGACCUUGUCAUACAUAACAGGAUACCUGUUUCUGACGAAGAGGCUGCAGUUGCAGAGGAAAGCUGGCAGGGGGAGCUACUGCACAAUGCACUGCAAACCAUGGGGAGCAGCCAAGGCAUAGUCCAGACCUGGCUACAGCAUGUUGAAGCUUUUGUAAAAGGAGGCGCUGAGCGGUCAGAUGUAGAAGCUGUGGCACAGGUGUUACUGAGAGUCAUGCAGACUGCAGAGCUGCAGCGCCCCCUGCAGCAGACAGGUGUACUGCAGGGAGUGGUGAAAUCUGUCAUGGAUUGUUUAAGAGAAGACGAAAAUGAAAAGUUGCUGUCUUCCAUGAUUUACCAGGCUUCCUUGAUCAAAUAAUAUAUAUACUUGCAGAGUAAACAGAUUGUUUCAUAUGUAGUAUAGAGGGGAUAGAUGUCAGUUUGCCUAGGAUUGAGUCCUCUCUACUAUAUGCAGAUUGUUCAGUAUGUGUCAUACAAGCAACAAUGCCAAUGUAGCAAUAAAUUUGAACAAUAUUUAGUCUUAACUUGAGAGAAGCAGUAUUUUCAAACCUUUAGAAUGUAUCUAAAGUACAACAGCAAAUCAAGAAAUUAUGUACUUUUUUGAGCACUCAAAUUACAAUAUAACAAAUUUAAAAAAUAUUUUCUCCAGCGUAUUGUAGUUAAGGUUUCAAGCAUAUGAAAAGAAACAUUACAUUAUGAUUAUGUAACAAUAAUGAUUGAAGAAGUGCACAUGUAUCUGAUCACAACUAUGUGUGCAGUAGUUUCUUAACUUUGUCCCUUCUUAGGGAUAUGGAUCAUGAUGUUAAUAAACUAUGUAAACUACA